UCGUCUUACGCAGAGCCUACAUUUAACCCUAGCAAAUAGCGCCAGUAGCCAGUAAUUGACAUCAAUGUAACCCUAGCGGAAGGAAGAUAAAGAGCAAAUGGAGACGCCUACAUUUUGUUAUGCACAGUUCCUGACUGUUUGAUCUUCAUCGUCCUUCUCGUCCGGUACCAAUUCUCUACAGUUCAGGUGUUUCGAGUUCGAUAAAAAGGCUUUCAAAUUCAAAUCCUCUUCAAGAUUCUCAGUUCGCGCCUCCUUUGCUGGAGCCGAUGAUUCUGUGGUGACUCUUCUUGAUUACGGGGCUGGUAAUGUUCAGAUUAUCAGAAUUGCUAUUCGUCAUCUUGGCUUUGACACCAAAGAUGAAAUGAAGGUUGCAUAUAUGGUCAAUCAAGACUUCAUGUACAACUACAUGUCAAGAGACGUCACAGCAAGCUUUGGUUAUGAUUACAUCCUUCGACAGUGUCGCCUUAGAGGGAAGGUCGAUUCCAAUGGCUGCACGUCUGCUUUCCUGGAAGAGCAAUUAAAUAUGGGUCUUAAUUUCAUUCUUUCUGCAAAGAUAGAUCAUUGUAAGAAAGAUUGCAAGUUCGUAUUUGGGUUGGCAGUAGGAGAAUAGGGGAUAAACACUCUAUUUCAGUUGUGCUUAUGCUCAUUGCAGCAUUCAACUUGGCUUUUGGGUUGAAUUUUGCAUAUUGAUGCAGAACAAAGAAUCAGUUUUGCACAUCUUCUCGGGUAACAUUAUUUGUGGGGAGCAGUGUUAGCUGCUGCAAGUUAAUCGUAUAUGUAAUGGUUGAUUUUGCGGUUUGGAGCUAUUAUUAUUUAGACUCCCUUAAAGUUUUCCAGGGUUUGCUAUACUGGAAAUUUAGAUGUUUAACAAUUUGAUUAAUUUCUCAAACGAUAGUAGAGGUUUGUGUAAUGAUUUUAGAAGAAUUCAUUUUGCAGUAAAACUCCAGGUUUAUCAUGAUUUUCUCUAUAUUUUUUUCGUACCGGAUCAACGAGUGGAUAUGUUCAAUGUGAGGCUUUACUAACAUCU